AUGUCACAACAUCAAACACCAUCUGGUUCAAAAACUACUAAGCCUACUCACAAGAAUAGAACGCCUUCAAUGGACUUUCUUGAUGAAGAAAUUUUGGAUGUGAUUCCUCUGUCUAUUAUUCCAGGCGAAGCCCCUGACUCAAACCAUCCCAUGGAUGCAUCUACUUCUGCAUGUCCCACUCAAGGUAACAGCUCUAGUAUCCCUUCUAGCUCUACUCAUGCCACUAGUUCUAAGGACGAUAUGCACUACAUUUAUCGUGUCAUAAGAAACCUAGUGACUAGGAUCCUCAAUGAAGGACAUUCUAUGAAGGGAGUUUCCACUCCUCUAUCUAGAAUGGACCCCUCUCCUAAGGUUGAACCUCAUAGUGAGAAGGAUGAAGAUUCCUCUAGAUCUGAGAAGGAUAUGGCUGCUGAAGGUUUGUGCUCUUUAGGGCAAACUGUGUCUGGUAAAAAAUUUGUGGCAUUUACAACUGCCAAUGCUUCACAUUCUGAGAAGCCUGAUUCUGCAAACAAUAGCAAGGUGGAUGUGAAGAAGAGGAAGGUGAGAGAAAUUUCUGAGUCUGACGAAGAUGUUGAAGAAGAUGUCCCUGACAUCUCCCCUGGGAAGAGGACAACUGUGAGGAAGUCCCCUGUGAAAGUUGUUCUUGUACAUUUGGACAAUAUCUCUUUCCAUCUUAAAGAUGGAGCUGUAAAAUGGAAGUUUGUGAUCCAAAGAAGGGUGGUUGUAGAGAGAGAGUUAGGCAAGGAUGAUGUUAAGGUCAAAGAGGUCAUGGACCUAAUUAAAAAUGUUGGGUUAAUGAAGAUUGUGGUUGGGUUAUCUCAGUGCUAUGAGGGAUUGGUUAAGGAAUUCAUUAUCAACAUUCCUGAAGAUAUUGCUGAUAAGAACAACAAGGAAUUUUGUAAAGUUUUUGUGAGAGGGAAGUGUAUCACAUUUUCUCCCACUGUGAUUAACAAAUUUCUAGGAAGAGGUACAGAAGGUGCAUGUGAAUUGGAAGCCACGGACAAUGAGGUCUGUAGAGAAAUUACAGCAAGACAGGUGAAGGAGUGGCCUAGUAAAAAGCAUCUCCAUGUUGGGAAGCUGACUGUUAAGUAUGCCAUAUUGCAUAAAAUAGGGUCUGCAAAUUGGCCAGCCUCAAAAGGUGGUCUUAUUACUGAGCUGAAGGAAACUUGUAAGGAGCUGGAUGCAGGGAUAAGGGUAGCAACAACCAGGAAAGAAGCGUUGGAAGCUCUGAUUGCAAGCUUAGAGCAAGCUGAAGGUGAGAAUAUUGGACAGGCCAAGGAAGCUGAAGCCCAAACCUCUAGUGAGAGGUCGGCUACUAAAGAUGAGACAAGUGGCAAUUCUGUUUCUGAUGCUGAUGAAGAUACAAGCUCAAGAUCCUCUGAUUAUCUCUUGUGA